GCUGGAUGGUGUGGCAGCGUCGCCCGAUGCAGUGGUACGGGCCAGGGUCGCCCAGAUCAAGGCAUCACCCGGGUGGGGAAUAUCUCAGACCAAAUGGAGUUCUUCCUCAGCAUUCGAUGGCUUCGUUUCCUGCGCUUCGUCCUACUUGUCCUCGCAGCCGUUGGCAUCUAUUUGGCCAUCGAGAAGCGCA